AUGGACGAAAGUGUUGAACAAACAUUGUUGCUCGAGGAUUACAAGAGCAACGACAUUGAAGAGAAAGAUCUGAAAGCAAGAGUCUUGGUAGAAACAAAGAAGCUAUGGCAAGUUGCCGGUCCGGCCAUCAUAACCCGUCUAACAAAUUAUUCCCUGAGUUUAAUCACCCAAGCCGUCGCCGGCCACCUCGGUGAUGUCGAAUUAGCUUCCAUGUCCAUCGCUUAUAGUGUCAUCGUCAUCUUCAACUUCGCUCUCCUGUUAGGAAUGGCGACGGCAUUGGAGACGUUAUGCGGACAAGCCUAUGGAGCAAAAAGGUACAAUAUGUUAGGGAUAUAUUUGCAAAGAUCCUGCAUUGUAUUAGGCUUGGCGAGCAUUGUAUUAUUACCAAUUUACAUCUACGCGACGCCGAUCCUAAAGCUGUUGGGUCAACCCGAAGACGUGGCCGAGCUAACCGGGUUGAUUUCCCUUUGGUUCAUCCCGAUGCAUUUGGCAUUUCCCUUCAUCUCGGCGGUUCAGAGGUUCUUGUUGAGCCAGCUCAAGAUUAACGUUGUUGCGAUCAACUCGACGUUGACUUUGGUGGUUCACGUGUUCAUUAGUUGGCUCUUGGUUUUCAAGCUUGAGCUUGGUGUCUUUGGAGCUGCCGCUGCUUUGGUCAUUUCUACAUGGAUUUCGUUUUUCGGGUUGUUUUUGUAUGUUGUAUGUGGAGGAUGUCCGUUGACUUGGAAUGGAUUGUCCAUGGAAGCGUUUUCUGGACUUUGGGAAUUUCUUAAGCUUUCGGCUGCCUCUGGCAUCAUGAUUUGCUUGGAGUUUUGGUACUACCGAAUCUUAAUUGUGAUGACCGGAAAUCUUAAAAAUGCGACGAUAGCCGUAGACGCACUUGCAGUAUGCAUGAACAUCAAUGGCUGGGAAUCAAUGAUUCCACUAGGCUUCUUAGCAGCCACCGGGGUGAGAGUGGCAAAUGAGUUGGGAGCAGGAAAUGCAAGAGGAGCAAAAUUUGCAGCGAAGGUGUCACUGGUGCAAUCGACAAUGAUAGGGAUUGUGUUUUGUGUCCUCGUACUAAUAUUUCAUGACAAAUUAGCCCUCGUAUUUUCAACUAGUCCUGUCAUCAUUAAGGCCGUCGACCGACUCUCUUAUCUCUUGGCUCUUACAAUUCUACUCAACAGCAUUCAACCAGUUUUGUCCGGAGUAGCCAUAGGAUCAGGAUGGCAAUCCUUGGUGGCCUAUGUUAAUCUAGGAUGCUACUACAUCAUCGGUGUCCCUCUCGGGCUUGUAAUGGGUUGGGUAUUCAAUUUUGGUGUUGAGGGCAUUUGGUGCUCCAUGAUCUUUGGUGGAACCGCUAUUCAAACAGGAAUUCUUGCAAUCAUCACAAUUAAGCGGGAUUGGGAGAAGGAGGCCAGGCAAGCGAUAGCCCGUCACAGUUAA